AUGGGUUUUGAUGCUGACUUUAUUUAUUAUUAUGAAAAGGAGAAGGCCCAGAUAAUGUUAGGAAUGGUUACCCCACAAAUGUUGCAGAUGCAAAAUAUUCGACAGGCUUCUGCUCCACUUCUGAAGCGUUCGUUGCAAGAUAGUGAACGGGGUCAGUGGCCAGCAGUCCAAAAUCUUCCACGGCUUCCCUCUCUUUUACAGAGCAAGAUGCAGUUUGGUGUGAUGCCUCAAUCACAAGAAGGUCAAGGCAAGAUGCAGUUUGGUGUGAUGCCUCAAUCACAAGAAGGUCAAGUAAAUCAGUAUCUCUCACAACUUCCUACAUGGCCUCAUAUUCAGCUUCCACAGCUUGCACAGCACCAAGUUUUACAGCAAGGCUCAUUGCCUGGGCAGUCUGUAGUUUCAACCAUUCCAUCAACUCGUACACAGCAGUUGGGCAAUCUCUCUGUUAGGUCCCAAAUUCAAGUGGCAAAUUCCACUUCUUUGAAGCAGGAAGUGGAACCUCUGUUACAUUGCCCUUUGGGGCAUAAUGCUCAGCUGACUAGCUCCUCAAUGUUAUCUGCCAUUACACAGGACUCUAAUAGACCUCCUCAAGUUAUUAAUGAUUCAACUUUGAGCCAUAGAGUUGAUACGUAUCCCAGCUUGUCUUCAGACAUAACGGAGAAAGCAGACAUGGUCCAUGACAGUUCAGAUCAAAUGAAGCGCCCUUCAAAACUGGUGAAAUUAGAGGAUGGAAGGAGGAACACUUUCUUGGGGCCAGAUGUAAACGUUUCUACUGUAUCUGGUCCAUCGCAGGUUUUUGGCUUUUCUGGAAACCAAAAUCCAAAACCACAAGAAGCUUUAGGUUCUGAGAAACAAGCUCCUGAGGAUUGGAGGGAUAGUGGGUCAGUUGUCUUGAAAGCUACUGUCGCUUUGUGGGAUUUUGAUGAGGCUCCUGAGUUCUAA